UUUUUCUUGUUCUGCGGAAAUUCCGAAAUCUCGCACACGCAAGGUCAGGUAUGGAAUAGAGAAGGGAGCAGGUAAUACCUUUGCACUUCACCAACCCUAUCCCUACCCAAACAAUUACUCCUUUUCUUCUUCACUUCACUUCACAAUAUGAAGGUCAGCCCAAGGUUGGAUCUUAUCCUUAGCCGCCGUAGCACAGCUCCGUGCACCCGCCGUUCGAUCUCAUCCACGCCCCAUCUCAUCGUGUCAAAGAUCAAAGGAUUGCUCGCCGGAAAAAAGGACGAUGCCUCCAUCGAGAUCUUCGAUUUAUUCACCCUUCUCCGGUUUGCGGCGGAGAUGAACAAAGCCAAGAAGCUGAAGAACAUCGAAGCCACGUUCGCCGAUGCCAUCAAGAAGCAGGAAGCCAUAAUCCGAUACCUCGAGGAACGAACGAACAUCUCUGAUCCAGACACGUAUGCAUCGACCUUAGAGCAGCAAAAAAAGAAAGAGGAUGCUGACCUAUCAGUGCAAGAGAGACAGUUAUGCAAUUUUCCCAUUGCCUUUGGGUGCAGUGGCAUUUUGUACUUCACCCCAACUGAUCUCGAAAACAAUUGC